CGCUCCCGGCCCUUCCCGGCGCCCCUUCCCUCCCCUCCCCUCAGGAGCAACGGGGGGGACCCCGCGCCGCGGCCCCGGGGCACAGCCGAGGGGCGGGAAUGCAGCCGCCGGAGCCGCAGCCGAGCCCCCAGCGCAGCACGAAAAUGCCAGAAGCCUCAGAAGACCAUAAUCACUGGAAAGCCUGUUGACUUCCAUUCUUUGGUAAUCUGGAACAUCAUCCAUCUGGCAUGGCGCAGGGCAGUCAACAACUUGACGUGCAGGUACUCCAUGAUCUCCGGCAGCGUUUCCCUGAGAUACCCGAAGGGGUGGUAUCUCAGUGCAUGCUUCAGAACAACAACAACCUCGAUGCCUGUUGUCGAGCCCUUGCGCAGGAGAGCAACAAAUACCUGUACAUGGAGUACCAUAGCCCUGAUGACACCAGAAUGAACAGAAAUAGCCUUUUGCACAUUAAUCUGGGUAUUCAUCCUCAUACCAGCUAUCACGCGGGGGAUGGAGCUCAACUUAAUGGUGGUCGUACACUGGUACACAGCUCAAGCGAUGGACACAUUGACCCUCAGCGCACAGCAGGUAAACAGCUCAUCUGCUUAGUUCAAGAACCACAUUCUGCUCCCGCUGUCGUGGCAGCUUCUCCUAGUUACAAUCCAUUUUUCAUGAAUGACCAGAAUAGAAAUGCAGCUACUCCUCCUCCACAGCCACCUCCACAGCCAUCUUCCAUACAACCAGGAAUGAACACGUCUGCUAUGCAAGGCCCUCCUCCCACGUAUAUGCACAUACCUCGGUACAGUACAAAUCCCAUUACUGUUACAGUAUCACAAAACCUCCCCUCUGGACAGAGCAUACCCAGAGCUCUACAAAUUCUUCCACAGAUUCCAAGCAAUCUUUAUGGGACUCCUGGCUCUAUUUAUAUAAGACAAACAUCUCAAAGUUCUUCAGGACGACAGACUCCUCAGAAUACGCAGUGGCAUUCAUCGCCACAGGGCCCAGUUCCACAUUAUACUCCCCGUCCUCUACCUGUAUAUCCACAUCAACAGAACUACCAACCUUCUCAGUAUUCUCCGAAACAGCCCCAAAUCCCUCAGUCGGCUUUUCGAUCGCCACCGGCAUCCCAGUGUCCCUCUCCCUUUGGCUCUCCUCAACACCAAGUUCAGCCUCCUCAGCUGAGUCAUCAGAGUUCACAUGUUUUCAUGCCUCCUAGCCCUUCAACUGUCCCACCCCAUCCAUAUCAGCAAGCAUCCCAGACUUUUCAAAAACAAGGCAGUCACUCUGUGUCGUACCUUCCUCCUUUUGCUGGACCUAGUUUAUCCAAAGGUUCCAUGAAUAAAAUAGAAAUUACAGUUGAGCCACCGCAAAGACCUGGGACUGCAAUGAACAGAAGCCCUUCACCAAUAAGUAAUCAACCAUCUCAACGAAACCAGCACCCACUGUAUGCACCCACUACUCCUCCUUCAAGCUCUCCGUCAAGAGGUAUGUCGGGGCAACCCAAACCUCCAUUUAGUGUUAAUCCAGUAUAUAUUACCUACACUCAACCAACUGGACCUACAGGUGCACCAACACAGUCUCCUCGGGUAAUGGUAUCUCAGCCAAACCCAACCAUUUUUAAAAUCACAGUAGGUCGAGCACCGACUGAGAAUCUUUUAAAUUUAGUGGACCAAGAAGAGCGUUCUGCAGCACCAGAACCUAUUCAGCCUAUUUCUGUAAUCCCAGGAUCUGGAGGAGAAAAAGGAAGCCAUAAAUAUCAGAGAAGUUCUAGUUCUGGAUCGGAUGACUAUGCUUACACUCAAGCCUUGCUGUUACAUCAACGAGCAAGGAUGGAGAGAUUAGCAAAGGAACUGAAGAUUGAGAAAGAAGAGCUUGAACGCCUGAAAACCGAAGUCAAUGGUAUGGAGCAUGAUCUAAUGCAGAGGCGGCUUCGAAGAGUGAGCUGUACAACUGCAAUUCCAACACCUGAGGAAAUGACCAGAUUGAGAAGCCUCAACAGACAACUCCAAAUAAAUGUUGACUGUACACUGAAAGAAGUUGAUCUCCUUCAAUCUAGAGGAAACUUUGAUCCGAAAGCCACGUGUAACUUCUAUGAUAACAUAGAGCCUGGUCCCGUUGUGCCACCAAAGCCAUAUAAAAAGGAGCAUCAAAAUAGCUCCAAACAGACUCCACGGACUCAGCCAAGAGAUGAAGACUUUGAAGGGGCUCCAUGGAAUUGUGGUAGCUGCACCUUUCUAAAUCACCCAGCACUGAAUCGCUGUGAACAGUGUGAGAUGCCACGAUACACCUGAAAUUCAGGAAGUGGCUGCGUUGGGUUGAAAACAGGCUCUCAAGCCGACAGCUGUAGGAGAAGGAAACAUGGGGAACCUUUCAGUCCAUCUGCCCGGCCUUUGCCAGUCAACAAUCUUCAUAUUGCAAGGGGUGGGAAUAAUGUGUUAAGAUGUUUCUGCUUCUGCUACACUAAAAGAUAAAUAAAUUAAGGGUUAAAUUCUUUCCCAUUGCAGUGAGCGGAGCAGAAAAUGAAACCUGAAAAUGUACAAGGAUUAAUUUUGAGAAGAAUGUAUGCAGGAAAGCAAAUAACUACUGGUGUUUCGUCCUGUGGUUAUAGUUACUGCUUAGUGGCUCUGAAAAAAAAACCAACCCAAAACUACUGUUUUUUAAAAAAAAAUUAUAGGACUCUUAGUAAUGGUGUGAAGUGUUACACUUAACCAGAAAAACUGAAGAGCCAGAGCUGACUUAUCCUGGCCCCAGCUAGCUGGAAAACAAAGGCUCCCUGUGCUUCUAGAUUGUAAGCUACUGAAAAAGAAGACAGGUAAAUGCAAUGAUAAAUUUUGCAAUGUUUAAACAAAACAAAAAAAAAAACAAGGAGAAGGGUAUUUGUAAUUGCUGCUUUUUUUCAGGGUAACUUAUGUCUACAAAAAAUUGCUGUUUGAAAUAGUAACCUGAGGUGACUAAAUGAGAAACCGUAUGAGUGUUACAGAGAGUUUAAUCAGAGGUAAUUUUUUACAAUCCUGUUUGCUUGUACAGUGCUCACCUGGCUGUGUCAACACUGGUAAUAAACUGAGAAUGAAUUCUACCACAUUACAGAUGAAAAUACUGCUGCAUGCUUUCAUUGGGCCGUCGUGUUUCAAAGCUAAAAGUAUGCUUUUAUAUACAACAAUCUUCUAAGCCUGUGCUGUAUAACAGCACGGGGACAUAUGCCAAACACAGGCUACUCCAAAUUGUGUUUGGAAGACUUGAGCUCAGCCAUGGUUGUGUAUGAGAAGAGUUUGUACCUAAGAGUUCCUUAGGCCUUUUCAGCCUCCAAUUUGUGAAGAAUUCUUGAUGUUUACAGCACAGAAGGUACUUUGUGCCCCAGAUCAAAGUUAGCUGAAAAAUAAUUAAUCAGCUCUUCAGUAAAGAUUUAUUUGCACAUUGGUAAUAAACCAGCCUGUACAAAAUAGCAGAUGCCAGAUCCUGAAAAAUUACACACUGCAUUCUCUUUAUUGUGGUCAGGAAUUACUUGUCGUAGGUUGAAGAACACGAGACUUGCAACAGAAAAUCAUAUUGGUACUUUUCUGCAUAUGAUAUACUGUAUUAUAAAGGUGAUGUUCAAUCUGUUUGAAUGCUUCAGGUUGCUGUAAUAAAACACUCGAUACUUGUGAACUCGAA